AAAAUUGCUCUUGCAGAUUUUCCAGCUCAUAGUUGUGUGAUUACAUCAGCCUACAGUAAAUGGAAAAUCAAGACAAUGUGACUGAAUUCAUUCUUUUGGGUCUUACAAAGAACCCAGAGCUACAGAAAAUGUUCUCUGCUGUGUUUCUAAUCAUGUAUGUGGCCACUGUACUGGGAAACUUACUCAUUGUGGUAACUAUGACUGCAAGUCAGAGUCUGAGGUAACCUAUGUAUUUUUUCCUUACUUCUUUUUCACUCAUGGAUGCCACCUAUUCUUCUGUCAUAACCCCCAAGAUGAUUGUGGAUUCCUUCUCUGACAGUACUACCAUCUCCCUAGAAGGCUGCAUGAUCCAGCUUUUUGCAGAACAUUUCUUUGGUGGGGUGUCAAUCAUCCUUCUCAUCAUGAUGGCCUAUGAUCGCUACGUGGCCAUCUGUAAGCCCCUGCACUACAUGACUAUCAUGAUUUCUCAGGUGUGCUGCCUGCUGCUGGGAGGGGCCUGGGUAGGCGGGUCCAUGCAUGCAACAGUACAGCUUCUCUUCAUGUACCAAAUACCCUUCUGUGGUCCCAAUGUCAUUGAUCACUUUAAGUGUGAUUUAUUUCCAUUUCUGACACUGGCCUGCAUGGAUACGUGCAUGCUGGGCCUCUUGGUCAUCCUCAACAGUGGGGUGGUGUGUGUGGCCAUCUUCCUUAUCCUCGUUGCCUCCUACGUGGUCAUUGUCUGCUCCCUAAAAUCUUGCAACUCUGAAGGGCGGCGCAAAGCCCUCUCCCUCUGUGGCUCCCACCUCACAGUGAUUGUCUUGUUCUUUGUGCCAUGCAUUUCCUUGUAUGUGAGACCUGUGGCCACUUAUCCCAUAGACAAAGCAAUGGCUCUGUCUUUUACCAUUGUUGCACCCAUGUUAAAUCCCUUGAUGUACACCCUGAGAAACGCAGAGGUGAAAAAUGCUAUGAAGAAACUCUGGAAGAGGCAACAAAUCCUGGAUUGUCACUAGCUUCCAUGCCAAGAACAAAUUUCUCCUAUAGGUACCGUGAGGUCUCAUCCUCCCCAUUCAAUCAAAUCUCUUGCAUGUACAAUACUAAGUGGCAUCUUUUAAGCAUACAAAUCUGCUCAAGACACUGCAGUACUCUGCCUAACCACAUUGCUGCCUACCUCUCCGGUACAUUUUGUACUUCAUCAUUUUCACAAGGCUCUAGCCCCCUUUGUCUUUUCUUCUUUUUUUUAACUGAUUUUUGGAGAAUUCGACAUUUUCCCAGUUCAUGGCUUUUGUUCUCACACUUCUGUCUGAUGGCAUCUCCUUCUCCAGAUGCUUCAUCUGCCUCAAUCAUAUAUAUAUAUAUAUAUAUAUAUAAUUUCAUUUUCAGAUGACCACCCACCUCCUCAAGAAGUCUUGUCUCUAGUAAUUUCAGUUAUUCUCUAGCUUUCCAUCCCAUUUAUAUCCUUAACGAUAAAUAAGCAGAAACUGUACUUAACUUUAUAAGUAAGUG